AUGCGUUGACUUCUGGGGCGCGUUACCAUGGUAGCCACAGUCGCUAGUUACCGGCUCCAGCAGCCUAGAUCGCGUAGUAUUUCUACGUGGCACCGGUGCCGAUUCGGCUGCAAAGCAGUGGUCACCGCCUCCGGGAGCUCACCUCUAUGUGGAGAAGGAAGCACCCAGAGGAGGUCUUCGGGUGAAAUUUCAAUUUUGGCAUAUCUCUCAGGUCCUUCCAUGGCUUCACAGAAGACAGAAGCAGUGACCAAAGCAACGGGGUUCCGGCGCCGCCCCAAGAAGACCACUUACACCCCGGGGACCUGCGAGCUGCUCAAAGUGAUGAUGAAGGAAUCGAAACUGACGAACAUUCAGCAGCGCCACAUCAUGGACAUCAUGAAAAGAGGAGAUGCUUUGCCCCUACAGUGCAGCCCAACAUCCAGCCAGAGGGUCUUACCUUCCAAGCAAAUAGCCUCGCCCAUCUACCUGCCUCCCAUCCUGGCAGCCCGUCCCCACCUCCGGCCUGCCAGCAUGUGCCAAGCCAAUGGGGCCUACAGCCGGGAGCAGUUCAAGCCUCAAGCCACCAGGGAUCUGGAGAAGGAGAAACAAAGACUCCAAAAUAUCUUUGCCACAGGGAAGGACCCAGAGGAACGGAAAAGAAAGGCCCGUCCUGGACGACAGGAGGCUCUGGCCCCCGAGCAGGACCGGUUUGAAGAGUUGGUGAAGGAAAUCCAGGAGAGGAAAGAAUUCCUGGCUGACAUGGAGGCCCUGGGACAGGGCAAGCAGUACCGAGGAAUCAUCCUUUCUGAAAUCUCCCAGAAACUCCGGGAAAUGGAAGACAUUGACCACAAGAGGAGUGAGGAACUUAGGAAGGCUCUUGCCACCACUUAAUCUGUCUCCAGGGGCAGGGGCAGGGUAGCCCAAGCUUGACCACUGGAGUCCACUCCUCUGUCAAGCAGGGUCAUCCUCAGGUCAGCCCCCCCUACCAGCCUUCAGCCACUUCAGAUGGUGGCACGGCACUGCCCUGCAGUACUCUGAGGCAUACUCAGCAGCCUAGCCCCUGCCCACGGGUGCCGUUGGAGCCUCUGAGAUCCACAGCCCCAUCCACAGAGAAGCAAGGCCCGAACGUUCCUACUUGGAUGUGUGUCUAACGGUAUCCACUGGGCCUGCUUCCCACCACCUCUGGCCUGCGGCCUGUUCAUUUAGUUUUUAAAUUCAGGAAUGAAUAUGAUUCUCUUCUUCCUGUUUUAGGAUUUACUUAUUUGCUUUCUUACCACCUGAGGCAAAUAUUCAACCAAACAAUGAACUGGGCAAUAAAGCGUACUUAACAUGGGUCAUCACAAGCACCAUUUUGUUUUCAGAGGGACAAGCUUAUUUGUUCAAGGUAUUAGAAUCUGCCGAGCAUAAAUGGUUUCUCGCUGCCUGUUUGCAUAUUUCAAGUGGAAAUGGGAACCAGGCUGGUGGGCACCCUGUAGCUAGGUGCCGCGGCAGAUGCUGACUUCCACUGUCAAUGAUCUCAAUAAACCUCUGCAAUGGUUCA